GAAGGGACGGCCGUGAUGGUAAGGAUGGUCCUAAAGGUCCACCAGGCUUACCUGGAAAACCAGGAAUACCAGGCAACCCUGGAUUGCCUGGUGUUGGGUCUCCUCAUGGGAAAGCUGGGCCUCCUGGUAAGGACGGUCCACCUGGCAAAUCUGGGGCAAAAGGUACUCAACUUUGAUUACUUUUGCUUAGUUUUGCUUCUUUAACAUCGAGAAACUGAGCACAAACUGAUUUGGUACUUUUUCUGGAAGAACAUCUAUGGAAGACAUUUUCCAAAACUCUUUCAACCUUGUAUUUCUGACCUCUCACAGGAGAUGCUGGUAAGCCAGGCGUUAACAGACCGUUUCCAGGCCCUCCCGGUCCCAAAGGAGAGAGAGGUUCUGCUGGAAGUCCUGGGUUGAAAGGGCCUCAAGGACCCAAAGGCGAAAAGGGAAAGGAAGGAGCUGGGAAGUCUGGAGUGAAAUAUGUUCGUUGGGGAAGGACUACUUGUCCAGGAGUUGCUGAUAUAGUUUACAAAGGUAAGUCAGCUCUGCCUUUUAUUAAAACAUUUUUCCUUAAGAUCAGAUUCAUGAAAAAAUUAAAUACACAUUUUUUUCCCACGGCUAUAUGUUUCAAAUUUAUUUUGCUAUUCUGGUUGAUAAUUUUUAGGUAUAAUAGGUGGAGAACGUCACAAUCAUCCAGGUGGUGGAGCUAACUACCUUUGCCUUCCACACAAACCCAAGUAUGACAGGUACAGCGAUGGCAAUCAGUACUCAGCAUACAUGUACGGAACCGAGUAUGAAGUUCCUCAGUACAAUGGAAACCCUUUCAAAAAAAGUCUUUAUAAUCACAACGCGCCUUGUGUUGUCUGCUUUGUCAAAUCACGUGGUUCAUUGCUGAUGAUGCCCGCAAGGAAUGACUGUCCUUCUGGAUGGACCGAGGAGUAUCACGGGUACCUGAUGACUAACUAUUACAACCACCCUAACCAAAAAGAUUUCAUCUGUGUUGACAAAGACCCAGAGUAUAUUCAUGGUAGCCACGCCCGCCGAGGGGAAAAUUGGCUGUACCCUGUGGAAGGGUACUGUGGAUCACUUCCUUGCCUUCCGUAUGUCCAGCAUCGAGAGCUGACAUGCGCUGUCUGCACCAAGUAAACAUGUCUGUACUUUCAGACGUUUAAGCUUUUUAAUAAAAUCUGUAGAAUAAAGACCAACAAAAGAAGACGAGAAACAAAUAAUAAAAUAUCGUAGUCACUUGUGUUGAUGUCAGGGUUGAUAUAAAGCUGACAUAAUUCGCAAACGGGUGCGGAAAUCCAAUUCAUUCCCCCAUUUAUAUCGUCGUCCGUCUGACGCAGCUGAUUUUGCGUUAAAGUGACAUUUACUGAAGGGUUACUGCGGCCAUGGCUAGGUCGCCCCCCUUAGCAGGCACGCAUAUAGUAAAGCUGAGCAAGACUGAUGCGUGAAUGUUUUGUCCUCGAGUCCAGAUGACAACCACCUUCUUAGCGACAACCCAUCCAUGCUCCGGCAUGAAACUCCUCUCCGUUAAUAGUCUUUAGUGUAUACUAAAACAGUGGAUAUUGUUUUUCGCACGAUCUGAUUGGCUACUCAAACUCGGGAUAUCCAGUGCUAUCCACCUUCGAGCAACGUAGUAUUCCCCAAAGACAGAAGGCCGACUGAAACUGGUUGUAUUCGGGAACAGCAUGAUCUAAUGAGCAGUAGGCUCCAUUUCACCGUAUAUCUGCUUGGUCAUAAAUCACAGAACUGAAUUAGUAGGUUCGCAUUAAAUAAAUACAAUUGACAUACGGUGACGAUACGUCUGAAGGGAACCACCCAGGGUAUGCUUUUGAACAAGAUUGACUUCGCUAUCUUUCCCUAGAUGCACACCUUGUCAGACGAUAAUUACUCCAGAUACCGUGUCCCAAAUCCAUGAUAAGACUGAAAGAGAUGAAAGACUGAAAUCGGAUCCACCAAAAGAAAGAACUGUCAGUUCAAUAUAUAGUGUUCGUGUAAACACGCACUUUUAAGGUUGAGCACUCGAGAACGACAAGUCGUACCUGAGAUCCAAGAAUUACGAACAAGGAUAUGGACAGAUUCGGAUCCGUCAAAAGCGAUAGCACCUAGUGAACAAACUCUGAAGAUCUCUCACAUUUCAGCUGGCAGAGUGAAGGUGCUUAGCCUGCGUAGGGAGCGUUUCCGAUCGAGUUAUAGCGCGAAAGUUGGAGCGAGAGCAGGUCUUUCGUCCCAAUGUUCCCGACAAAUUCACGCGGAGACUCUUGCUAGGCAGGCUAGAAAGUGCUGUGCCAAAUGUAACUACACUGUAACAACUACUCCUUCCGCCUAGCAUGGUAUUUAACAAUUAUUCCUCGAGUCCGAAUGAGCUCUGAGUCAAUAGCCCAUGGGGCAGAAGCCGAAUGGGCUAUUAACUCAGAGGCCAUGAAUGAGAGAGGAAUAAUUGCUUUAGUAAAAUCCAACUAGUUGGUUAAAAAUAUCGAGACAAAUUAAACAACUUUAGCUCGCAAAACGCGAUUCAGCCGCCAUUGUUUUGGUUUUCAAAGCCGGCGCUUUUCGCUGUUAGUAAAACGCCGGGAAGACGUAAAUAUUAAAAAACCAGAGGCGUCAGGUACUUUCUUGUUGAAAAGAAAAACAAUCGAUGAUAGGUUUUAAAAUCAGUGAGUACGCCACAAGACACGUCUUCACGUUUUAGUAUUUGGCGAUACGGCGAAGUGGUUUGUGGUUUCACUGUACUAUACUAAGUAGAUGAGAUAGUCAUCUUCAAGCUAGACUCGUUGAAGAUGGCCGCCUGUAGUACUCGUUCUCAGUUACGGAAAAAAUAAGGGGCGAUUGUGGACAGUGACUGACCCAUUUCCUGAUUGUACCAACUCUUUUAUCAGGCCCAAGUUGUUCAAAAGGUGGAUAACGCUAUCUCCCAUAAAUCUCUAUCCAAUGGAUAGCACAAUUGGUUUCUCUAAUACUUAUCCACUGAAUAUUGAUUUAUUCAGUGGAUAGGGCUAUCCAGCUUUUAAACAAAUGGGUCCAGGGACUUAAAGCAAUUCGCUACGGCGACCUCUACCACGGCAGAGUCCUGGGAAAGUUUAAGCAAGCGGCGCCUAUGACAUCCACUUUUUUAUUUUUUUCAUUUAUAUUUUAUAUCAGGGCUAUUUUUGUCGAGGGAUGCUGGGUACGUCAAAUCGAGACCAAUAAAAGUGGCGAGGAGAAAAAAUGACCCUAACAGGGGAAGGCUGUGGAUCAGUGUUACUCGGAAUCAAGCGACUCAGAGGAUGAAGAUACGUCCGAGGGGGUCCAUCAAGAGAGGGUUUUUGUACAUGUGUCUCAGAUUGACUUCUCUAUGAAUCUCUUUCCCUAGACGCAUACGUCAUAACUCUUAAUACCUCAGAUCCAUGCAUGGUUUCCAAAAGGUGAUAAAGCAUCUGCAAGAGACGGAAAACUGAAAUCGGGUUCUCUAAAAGCAAGGAAGUUACUUCAAUAUAAUAUCUGUGUUCUCGUAAACAAACUCAUUUAAGCUGGAACAUUGUCAGAUCGGCAAAGUCGCUUCCGCGCCCCAGAUCUAAGAAUUACGAACAAGAAUACGGACAGAAUCGGAUCCGUCGGAAGCGAUAACACGUAGUGAACAAACUCCGGUUGAAAAUCUCUCUCAGCUGGCAAUGUAAAAGUGCUAUGCCAAAUUUAACUCCUCUGCCUAGCAACUAAUUCUUGCAACCUAGAAGGGAUAAUGACAAUAGAGAAUCUUCGAAUUUAAAGAUUUGUUACGUUAUGAACCAUUUUUACAAAGCACUUACAGGAUUUGAUGACUACUUUCGCGUAAGUAACAUGCGAAUAAUUGCUGCGGAGCGACCGCAGGGAGCGAGCAGCAACAUAAUCAGGAUUUAAAGGAAAUAUAUAUAGGGGCAACGAAUUCUCGAAUUCAUCACUUUUUACCACAAUGCAUUGCAUUUAACCACACUUUUUACCACAAUGCAUUGCAUUUAACCAGAGUGCAUUGCGCCACGAACAAGUCAAAUAAUAACACGGGGAAGUUCGCAUCGUUCGCUGCCCAGACUCAGAGUUUUCUUUGUAGCAAAUUUUCUACAGCGCGGUUAGAGGUCUUAUCAAAUUUAAGACACGCAGGAGUCUUUCAGAUGAGUACAAUGGUUAACUUGGGGAUUGGAUUUCAAUUCAAGAGCCUUUGACUCGUCCAGGUGUUAAACCUGACGAGAAGAUGAGUAUUUGCUCUUAGACUCCGCAACACGGGGGAUAUACAAAUUCCAGCUUGCUAGAUGUGAAAGUGAGAAAAUGUCAUGCCAUGCUAUUCUUAAGAACCUGUAUGAGCCGAAAAUGGAUGUGAUUUUGACCAUUCGCUUCAAAAUAACAGCGGAAAUCGACAUAACAAAACAUGUUUUGUGUCCUACGUUGCAGACGAGGACGUGUAUCGGCGUUUUGAAAAGCAUAAUUAUAUUCUUUCAUUCAUUCAUUGCCAUGGAAUAUGCGUUUACAUUGUUUUUUACUGUUAAUAGCUCGAUUAAUGCCGCUGGCGAUCAUCUUGCCGGCGGAAGUUUCAUGCAAAAAGCAUUAAAUUAAAGACUUUUCCUAAGAUUACUUAAUCAGUCUCUGUGGUGUAGUGGUUAGGUGUAGUCGCGUCAAGCCGAUGGUGCUGGGUUCAUAUCCUACCGAACUUUUUUUUUCCUUCUUUCUUUCUUUUUUUUCCGUUUUUUCUGUUGUUGUUUUCCAUAAAUAUAUAGCUAAAUAACUGUUACUUAAUAAAGUGCAAUAAAAGCAAGAAAAGUAUCGUGUUUCCAGAGAAACGAUAGUACACCAUAUAUUAAAUAUAUGGAUAAACAAUCUGAAUUUCUAUCAUUUCCUACAAUUUACUGUGGGAAAACCAGAGUUGAUAACCACUUGAUCAUUUUCUAUACAACGUUCCCACGAGUUCUUUCUAUAGACUGAUAGUAAUUAUUCUAGUACUUUCCAACAUGUAAAUAGGACAUUCAAUAUCAUUUUCGAUUCUUUCAAGUCCCACUGCCUAACUAAUGCCAGUAUCAACAGAAUGUGCCGCAGCAUUACUAUCUUUUAGAUACCCUAGUUUCAAAUAAUAUUGUCCUGGCAGUCUGUUAUGCAGAACAAAGGAGGUACUGUUCAAUUAAAAUAUAAUGCUUAAUGCGGUUCACAGUUCUGAUGAUCUUAUUUGUAAUGUAGCAGUAACUUAGUGUUACAUUUAUUGGUGGAGGUUUCUUUUCAUCGAUCGUAUCAUUAACAUAUACUACACGGCUCGUAUACUUCUCGAUGUUCCCUAAUGUUGUUACUUUUCCGUAUUUUUCACUAGGUUUUCCCCUUUCCUACCGCAUUUUAAUUUUGUGUUAUAUGUUCCAGCCGAGUGGAUGCGGACAUCAACUCAGGAGCCAUUGUUAUAAAGAAUGAUUUUGUAAAUAAAUGUCAUUACAUGAUCUGCAUGAUGAUAGUGUGAAAUCGUCAAUGACACAUUACUUUCCAAUUAAAGAGGAUCUUGAGGUGCUUAAUUCUACCUUGUGUGCUAGUAAAUUGAAAUUCGCUAAAAUGAACGGGUUAUUCUUUUCCUCGAGUUUGGCUAAGCGUUUAGAAUUAAAAUGGGUCAACGAUCUUGACAGAGUUUUUAUGAAGCCUUCAAAAAACACAAUGCAAAUAGGGAAAGUGAUUUGCAAUUUAGCGAACACGAAAUUUUUCUGCUAUUGGUUAUCAGUGUCCCAAAGGGCCUAGAUAUCGUUGGAAGCAGAUAAAUCGAUUGUCCAACAGUUCUCAUUUUCUCGACCAGAAGAAUUACCGAAUUUUCGCGCGCGUAACGGUGAGAUGGAUCACGGCAAAUCUGAAAGGAAAUUUGAUAAAGGGAAAUUCUUGUCUGACGUGGUGUCUCCACACUUGGUCGUUUUUGUAUGUGUUGUGUUGGCUGUGACUUCCGCUGCUUUGGUGGUCUUGAAUGUUCGAAUGAAUCGACAAAUGUCUGCGUUGAACGAUGCUUUAGAGGAACUGCGUCGAGAAGGAAAGAAAUUCUCUGUUAACGAUUCUGCUGCGGUUUCUUCUGGAUUGGGCGGAACCAGAGUAAAGAGGGCAAUUUCUAACACAACUCCCGGUCAGAAAUCAGACAUUGAAAAGCGAUUGCAGGCUGUGGAGGAAAGGUGAGUUAAAAUAAGAUGCAAUUACAAUCAAAGCUUUAAAAGAUCAGUGUAUGUGUUUUUUGGCAUAAGCAGACUCUAAAUCGAUGUUCUAUUUAUUAAUAAGUGAACUUACACUGUAAGUAAAAAAACUGAGAAGGAAACAAAACUAAAAUGAUGGUUCCCAAAAAUUUUCUGCCAAGAUGAUGUUAAAAAUUAGCCUUCCAUGACCUUCAACAAUUACUAAUGAACAGUUGCCCUUCUCUAGAAUUGUCAUUUUAUGUAAGAUCCUGCCAGAAGUUUCUUUAUGCCAAUAAUAACAACUUGGCACGUCAUUUGAAUUUUCAAGACUUGAUGUUCAAUAUCCGCUGCCUCUUCAUCGCUACAUGUUAACAUUUUGGCAAAGAGCUUUGUUCGCAAAAGAAGUUUAUAAUGACACCGAUCAACAUCAGAACGCUAAGAAAAUGCAAAAAAAUAUGCAAGAAAAAACACUGGAUGGCUGGCCCUCGGGACAUCAGGGCUUAAUCACAAAAAAAUUGUUCAAUGCGAAUCAGCUAUAAACGCGAAGACGUAAUAUAGAACAAUGAAAAUCGAAACUGAAUCGCGAUUGAAAUGAUCGAAAAGGGCGACACACCUUGUCUUACAGACUUUUUUCUGUAAAUAACUUGAAACUAAGGGUGCAUUUCUUUCCGGAUGCUUCAUCCGAAAACGGGUAUUUCGUUUCUUUACUAAAAUCCAAAAACGGAUUAUUAAUCCGAAUGAUCCACCACAGAGGUGGAUUCUUUGGAUCAUGUAUCCAAAACCGGAUAAUUUUGAUACAUGAUCCGAAGCGUUUCUUUACUACGGAUCCGAAAAGAGUGAAUACUGCCAGAGGUAACUCGAAACAAUACAACAUACAUCACCUAAUUGACAACGACACAGCUCAACUUAAAGGCCAUUUUUGAACCCGAGGCAUGGAUUAACGAUCGAUUUAUCCGUUAUACCGAGUUGGAAAAAUCGCAAUACAAACAGUACCUGCAUUGUUCUGGUUCACAAGGAAAAAUUAGGGACCUUAAGCAACUACAACGACGACGACAUCGACAACGCAAAAAAAACAAUUGGGUUUAUGAGCAAAACAACAGCUCUGCACGUGCAUCGCGCCUUUUAGUACAUUUUUUUGACGUCCACCGCACGACAACGACGUGAAUCCUCCCAAUGCGACGUUUUGUGCCAACGACAUGCAGAUAUACCUUUCGUUGAACCCAAAGGCCACACUGGAGAACCGAUGCACUUACUGUCUCGCGUUCAGUUAAUCGUGCAUCAAUAUUACCAGUUGGAUGACAUCAAACAAGUUGAUGCUGAUAGAUAGAUAGAUAGAUAGAUAGAUAGAUAGAUAGAUAGAUAGAUAGAUAAUCUUUAUUUAUCCACGGUACAAAAUUCGUCAGCUUUAAAAAUGCCUAAUACUAAUAUAAUAAAAAUAUUUAAAUAAAAAAGCUGCUUUCCACGAAUGCCGUGCCUUACAGUUCUUUGAGUAAUCGUUUAAAUUGCCCAAGGGACUCUGCUUCCCUUAAGUUACAAGGAAGACUGUUCCAGAGAAUGGCGCCACUAUAGCUGAAGCUGUUUUUGUAAUAGUUUGUGCGCGGUAAUGGAACAUUGAGUUUAUUUUCAGAGUCCCUUAGGUUAUAUGCGACUUCUCGCCUUUCAAAUUUAGAACUAAGAUAGUUUGGAGUCAACCCGUGCAGAGACCUGUAAACCAUCGUAGCUCUUUGAAAUUGUUGCUGGCAAGCUAGGUUUUUCCACCCUAGAAGUUUGAAAAGGUGACCAGCAUCUACGUCAUAGUUUGAGUAGGUCAAAACACGGGCUGCUCUGUUUUGUAGCUUUUGAACCUUAUUCCGUAAGGUUAUCCCACAGUUUCCCCAAACAAUGUUGCAAUAAUCAAAGUGUGGCUGUAUUAAAGCUUGAUAUAUUAGUUGUAAGGUCGCCUGAGGGACAACGUGCCUUAUUCGUUUUAUGGCCCCAAUACCAGAAGCGACUUUCUUUGUUACUUUCUCGAUAUGGCCACUCCAAUCAAGUCUGUCAUCGAUGGUCACUCCAAGUGAUUUUGCAGUAGUGACCUGGCUAACUUCAAAAUCAUUAAUUGCAAAUGUCGGGGACUCUGUGAGAGUACUUAGCCUCUGCCUAGAUCCGAUAAGCAUAAAUUUGGUUUUAGUCAUAUUUAGAGUAAGUUUGUUUGCUCUCAGCCAAUUGUGAACAUUUUCUAAAUCUUGAUUUAGAUGCAACUGAAUAUUGUCUGCAUUAUCACCUGCGUACGUAAGGUGGGUGUCAUCAGCGUACAUCCUCGGCUCACAGUUUGAAAGACAGUUUGGAAGAUCGUUGAUGUAUAACAGAAAUAAUAAUGGACCUAAAAUCGUCCCCUGGGGUACACCACAACUUAAUAAACAGCUUUGAGAGAGCGAUCCGUUGAUGGAGCACAUUUGAGUACGAUUCUCUAAAUACGACUUAAACCAUUGGUGCGCGUUACCAUAUAUGCCGUAAUUGCUUAAUUUUGAUAAAAUGAUCUCAUGGUCAACUGUGUCGAAGGCCUUUUUGAGAUCUAAGAAAACAACGGCGUUGAUUUUACCGCGGUCAAUAUUGUACGCCCAAGUGUCCGUGGCCUCAAGGAGAGCCGUGACAGUUGAGUGAAUAGCGCGAAAGCCUGAUUGAUAUUUACAGAUUAUAUUGUGCUCUUCUAGGUAGGCAUAUAAUUGAUCAUAGACGAUUCUUUCAAAGACGUUGGCCAUAACUGAGAUCACCGAAAUUGGACGAUAAUUGUUUAAGUCGUCCCGAUCGCCUUGUUUAAAAAGUGGGGUGACCUUUGCGCAUUUCCAGUCAUCCGGAAAUAUGCCUUGACUUAUUGACUGGUUAAAAAUAUCACGGAUAGGAAUGCAAAUGAGAUCUGCACAUUCCUGAAUGAGCCUAGCAGAUAUCUUGUCAAGGCCAGCUGCCUUUGACUUGUUUAGACGAUUCAAAAGUGAGAGAACUUUAUUUGUACUGGUCGGAUGGAGCUGAAACCGUUUAUCUGUGCCAGUGAGGUACUUUUGAUAACCAUCACUAUUUGAGGAAUCAAUAUUGCUAGCAAGUUCUGGACCGAUAGUAGCAAAGUGAUUACUAAAUUGGUUCGACAGCACAGUUGAUUUGUUAUUGAUACUCCAUUUACUUUCAGAGAUGUCACCGAUUUUUUCCCAGAUUUUCGCGAAGUAAGUUCAUUGAUUGUCUGCCAGGUCUUUUUAGAAUCGCCCGUAUGCUUGUUAAAACUAUUUUGAUAAUAGGCUUGCUUGGCUAAUCUGAUUUCGCUAUUUACUUUAUUCAAAUGACCAGUCAUUUGAAUCAUUCGAUUUACUUGCUUUAAUCUUUAGAAUAUCCCGAUCAUGCAUUCGUUUCUUAAGCUCAGAUGUAAUCCAUGGGGAACUACGCGUGCGAACACGCAUUGUCCUCAAGGGAGCAUGCUUGUUAACAAUAGAUAGAAACGAGCAUUUCCAUUGUAGCCACAUUUGAUUGGGAUCAGUUGAAUUGUAUAUGUGAUCCCAACAAUGAGAUGCAAUAUCAUUCCGACAAUUUAUUCGAUUAAAUUUUCGAAAGUUUUUGUAGGUUAUAGCAUUGUGCCCACCAGACAUUCCAUUCACGGAUAAUUUUCGAUAGGCAAAAACUAUGCUAUGAUCGCUAAUACUGAUAUGACGAACCCCCGAACACACAACUUUAUCUGGACAAUUAGUAUAGAUUACAUCAAUCAAAGUUGCAGAAGUCGGAGUUAUUCUGGUUGGUUCAGUGAUAAGUUGCUGUAGACCAUAAAUAUCAGUGAUAUUCAUUAAUUUGCAUGUAUUAUUGUCAUAUCGAGUAGCAAUCAUGUCGCAGUUAAGGUCUCCCAUUAGAAAAUAUUCAAUAUUUUCGGAAUCAGUGACAAGACUGAACUCCUUGUGCACAACCUUGCCAUCGUCCUCGCCCCCCACUGGAGUCUAUUAACGUUGGCCAUUACGUGAUAUACAUGAAUACUUCAUCUACCGCAAAGAACAGAGGGGUCUGGUUUGCUGAUGAAUUUCCAUCAAUGGACAAACAAGUUAAGUGAGUAGACGAUAUAUAUUUCCUUGCGCAAGGAAAUAUAUAUCGUCUACUCACUGCGAGAUCUUAAUACAUGUAUUUAUUACGUCAAAACUGGACUACUAUAAUUCUCACUUAACCGGAAUUCGACAGGAUCAUAUUAACAAACCCCAGUUUUUUUGUGCAAAAUUCUGCCGCAAGUCUUUUGAGUAGUACUAGGAAACAUUAACGUAUUUCACCUGUUUUAAGGUCUCUUCAUUGGUUGGCUAUUCCGGAAAGAACUGAUUUUAAACUUUUACUUCUUGCAUUUAAAUCUGUUAUGAUGUAGUACUGCCUUAUAUGGAAGAAGUAGCUAGAAGUGUUAGUUCGUUUUGAACCAACAGGAACUCGGCGCUAUGCAAAUAAAGCACUCCUAGUUCAGCCUAAUUAAGUAUAACCUUAAAGCCUAUGGUUACAGAGCUUUUUCACACGUAGCUGCUAAGAUAAGGAAUUCCAUGUCACGAGUCAGUUUAAUUUAAGCUCAUGUUGUGAGCUGAGCGCUUUCAAAUCAAAAAUCAAACAUUACUUUUUAAGCGUUCUUUUCAGUUGUAAUUCAUGUUUUUUUUUUAACAAUCAAGUCAUUGUAAUAUUUUAGUAGGUUUAUUACUAUUAGUAUUUUAAAGCACUUUGGAUCACUGAGAAGAAGGUGCUAUAUAUGUGCAUGAAUAUUAUUAUCAUUAUUAUUAUUACUCUUACUGUGGAAGUGAACAAAAAUAAUCCUUUUUGGAUACAUCGUUUCCUUUCUUGAAAAAUCCUAAUGUCCGGAUUUUGAUCUGAUCUUGGGUUUUAGUAAAGAAACACACCCUGGCCCUAAAUAUAAGUAGAGACAGAUGGCAUUUCAGACUGCCGCAGAAGUUGCACCUUGUCUAGAAUGUGCCAUUACUGUGACAAGAAACAUAGGUCUCCAAAAAGGAAAUAGUAAAAAAACUGCAAAAUCGAAAAACGUCCAAACAACUCAGUUAAAGUUAGCUCACCAAGCUUCCUCUUUAUCUUUCAGGGUCGGAGCGCUAUUUAACAAGUCGGAUAUUUUUUUCAGCAAUUUGAGGGUGCAAAAGCUAUUUUCCUACAUAACUCGAGGUAUUGUGAUUCACAUGUAUCAAUCAAACAGUAAAAUGGUAAUAGGGAUUUGCCAAAAGAUAUGAUCUCUUGGAUUUGCUUAUUUUUUGACUGGAAAAAUGAAGUUGAGUUGAGUUCACUAGAACUAUAGGAUUGGUUUGUUUGCCCCUCCCAUUGAGAGAAAAUUGGGGCAUGAAAUUCUGAAAAUAAUUAGCCGUAGCUUGGAAGAUGCGAUUUGUCAUAUCAAACACAUAGAAAAUGGAAGAAUAUUUAGCUUUUCAAAAGGUGCUCUUGAAACUUAGUCCAAUACUAUGUUGCGUUUAUUCCAAGUAAAUAAUUUAACUUUGGAUUUCCUUUCAUUACAGGACGGGACGGCCGCGAUGGAUUACCUGGAAAACCAGGAAUACCAGGAAACCCUGGGGUACCUGGUGUUGGGUCCCCUGGAAAAGCUGGGCCUCCUGGUAAGGAAGGUCCACCUGGCAAAUCUGGGGCAAAAGGUAUUCUUCUCUAAUAAACUUUACUUCGUUAACAGAGAGAAAAUAAGCAAAAAAGAAAUGUUAUCUUAGUGUCUAUCAAGAUCGAGCUUUUAGCUUUAGCUGACAUUUUCCAAUUGAAAAUACUUUUCAACGUUGUAUUUCUUCCACUCAAAGGGGAUGCUGGUAAGCCAGGCGUUAACAAACCGUUUCCAGGCCCUCCUGGUCCCAAAGGAGAGAGAGGUUCUGCUGGAAGUCCUGGAUUGAAAGGGCCUCAAGGACCAAAAGGCGAAAAGGGAAAGGAAGGAGCUGGGAAGUCUGGAGUGAAAUAUGUUCGCUGGGGAAGGACCACUUGUCCAGGAGGUGCUGAGGUGGUUUACAAAGGUACUUCCGCACAGCGACUUUAUGUAAACCAACACUGUAUUAUCUACAGCACAAAGUUUUUAGGAACUGGUCUAAAAAACCAGUACUAAGUUAUUUCCUUUUUCCCCUCUUAAAGUUAGUGACAGGGACCAUUCACUGUGACGCUUUAAGUUUGCAGAAACAGCAUUCACUCCAAAUGCCCGAUAAUUACAUCCUUUGAACCUUUAUUUAUUAAUUUUAUUGAACGCAAACUGAUCGAGGUUUAUUACUGUGAAAGCUCGAGUGCAGUAAAUGUAUUGAAUAAUUUGUUUUGGGCAACUUGGUCCCGCAUGUGUAAUAAAUGCUUUUUUUGUGACAAUACUUUGUUAUUUUGUGCGGACAGUCACCAAGACUAAGGGCAAAUUUGUGGUGAGGUCAUUUGAGAGCGGAGUGGUGUUCCCCUAUAAACCUGUUAAAGUAUGUAGUUUAUCAUCCUUAGGUUUGAUGGGAGGUGAACCUCACCAUCACCAAGGUGGUGGAGUGAACUACCUUUGUCUUCCACACAAUCCAAAGUACGACAGGUACAGCGACGGUAAUCAGGACUCAGGAUAUGUGUUCGGUACUGAAUAUGAGGUCAAUUCCUACAAUGGGUAUCCUUUCAGACGAAAUCUUCAUGAUCACGAGGCGCCUUGUGUUCUCUGCUUUGUCAAGUCACGUGGUUCAGUGCUGAUGAUGCCCGCGCGGAACGAUUGUCCUUCUGGGUGGACCGAGGAGUAUCAUGGGUACCUGAUGACCUCAUAUUUCAACCACCCAAACCAAAAAGACUUCGUCUGUGUUGACAAAGACCCAGAGUAUGUUCCAGGGACCAAUGCCAACAAGAAUGGUGCCUUGCUAUACUUCGUGGAAGGGUACUGUGGCUCACUUCCUUGCCUUCCAUAUGUUCAGCAUCGAGAGCUGACAUGUGCUGUUUGCACCAAGUAAUAAAACAUUCUCUCGUCAGUCUCAGAGAAUCAUUUUGUAAUCAUGGUUGAAAAGUAAAACUGAAGAAGA